AACUACAUUAUUUAAUACUCUGUUCAUUCAUUUACUACAGAACAUAUACAGGAUACUCUGAGGCAGAUGACAAUUAAAUUUGAUUAAUAAACUGUGCUGUUCAUUAAGUGCAUAAUGGUGCCCAUGGAAGAGAGGUGCUACCAGGGUGAUGAUGGAGUGGUGAAGACCAAACAGGCAAAGAAGAGACAAAAGUCGCCCCAGAAAGCCAUGCGUGUGCAGGAGCUUUGUUCGGACGUGCUUGUGACACUCAAGAAAAUACUCUACGUGCUGGGCCCUUGUGUGGUGGUCUUCGUAGCUGUCAGGAACAGCUUGACUUUGCAUCUACAGAAUUUCUGGGGAGCAUCAGGCAACUUCUGGCAGCACCAGUGGGACCGUUUACUUAAUGCCUUUGGUGACGACCUCUUCAACCUCAUGGUCUAUGGAACCAUUAUUGUGUCGUACGUUGUGUACUGGGUCUUUGGGCUGUUCUACGUCUUCAUGGAUGUAACACUGCGACCUCAGGCCUUCCGCAAGUACAAGAUUCAGCCGGGGACCAAUGAGCCUGUCGACAACUGGAAACUAGCUAAGGUGGUGGCGGUGGUUCACUUCAACCAGCUGGUGGUUGGUUACAUAGCCUCUCGCGUGAGCUUCCACCUGCUGCAGUGGCGGGGCUACGACGCGAGUCCCUCGCUGCCCACCUUCCAGUGGGUGCUGUACGAGCUCGUCGUGUGCGUCCUCGUCGAGGAGGUCGGCUUCUACUACUCCCACAGGCUGUUCCACCACCGCCUGCUCUACAAGAGGUUCCACAAGCAGCACCACGAGUGGACGUCCCCCAUCAGCGUCACCGCCGUCUACGCGCACCCCAUGGAGCACCUCUUCUCCAACCUCAUGCCACCGCUGCUGGGCCCCCUGCUGCUGGGCUCGCACAUGUCGACCAUGUGGCUGUGGUUCCAGCUGGCCCAGCUGUCUACCCUCAACGCUCACUCCGGCUACCAUCUGCCCUUCCUGCCCAGCAAUGAAGCCCACGACUACCAUCAUCUCAAGUUCAACGAGUGCUACGGUGUGCUGGGAGUGCUAGACCUGCUGCACGGGACGGACCAACGCUUCAGGAGCAGCAAGAACUUCUGCCGCCACGUCCUGAUGCUCUCCACCACCCCAGCCAGGGUCCUCUUCCCUGACACCCCCUCCAACGUCAAGCCUAACGCCCCCGACGUCUGCAACGCCAAUAACGCUUGUAACGCCAAAGAUAAUAACGCUUGUAACGACGAUACUCACACCUGUAACGCCGACGCUACUGAUACUGACCGCUGUAAUGUACAGGAGUAAUGUACAUUAAUAUAAUGUAAUGCCACCUUUGACGCCAUUUGUGCGAAAACUGAGGCAAAAACUUCCCCUAAAGCUCCCCUGAUAACUAACGUAAAGCGCAACAAUUAUCAGCGAUAAAAAAAAAACAAACAUAGCUCGUAUUACGAGCAAUUAGCUCUGGUUUCAAAAAGUAGCGCGGCUUCCGAGUAGAUAUCAGUAACAACUACCAGCGGAUCUUAAGGAAUUGGGACGGACUGCUAGCAAAACUUGCUCAGGUUGCCGUUACUAGCACAGCUAGUGAAUUGUAAGGAUAAGGCAGUUACUUAUCACGCAAGUGUAUGAAUAAGACAUUAAAUUAUCACGAAAGUGAUAGUUCCUGCUCAGUUGCAGCUCAAAGUGGCCCCUUCCUAGGCCGCUCUCUGCUCGAAAUUUCAUUGGUGUUGCAGCGGUCAGUGUCGAUCCUGAACAGGUUACUUUGUGAGACAGGUUAAUUGCUGAAACCGGUUUAUUGCUGAGACAGGUUAGUUGCUAAGUCAAGUUAAUUGUCGAAACGAGUCAAUUGCUGAGACAGGUUAACUGAUGGAAAAUUUCCCGCUUUUUGGGUCGAGAUGUCAGAAAAUAACAUAAGGCAGGCUCAGUGGUUACAGUUCAGAGUAUCAGGAUUGAAACAGGGAGUUGCUUGUU